GAACGCAUGCAUUUCAAGUUUUGAUUAUAUAUAUUUUUGAAUAAGAACUAUAGACUACACAUUGAUAGAUUAUUUUGACAUAUACAUUUUUGCUAUUUUUACACAUUUCCAUACCGAAUUCAUGCAUACAGCUUAUUUUUUUCGUCUUCUGUCGGAAACUUAAACAUUCUGAAUCGCAUCGAUCGAAACAUAACUGAAAGUGAACGAUUGUCAGAAGAAGUAUAAAUUAAAUUACUGGGAAAAUCCAAAUCGGCAGACAAAUUAUGAUUUCACACAAAUUUGUGUGAAACGAGACGAGAGCGGGAGAUAGAGCAAAAGAGCGAAUGGGUUAAGAAUUCAUAUUGUGUACAGUUUUCGGCAAAUCAUUCGAUGUGGAAAUUUUGUUGGGAGAGGUAAAAUUGUGACAGAUAAACAGACAUUGAGAGAGAUAAUUAGAAAUGUUCAUGUAGUGUAAUGUCAACAACAAAUUAAAUUGAAUGCGAAUGAUUUGUGCAAGGCAAAAAUAGUGAAUUGAGCAGACGAAUUUUGUCAAAAUACGUUGGUGGUGGAAACGAGAGAGCACAACAAUCUUGAAAUUCGAUUCACCGAAAUUGGCCAUACAAAAUCAUACACAGAGAGCGUAGAAUAGAGUGUGCGUUUAUUUGUCUCUGUGUGUGCAAGACAGUGGGCUUCGUUGCCGCCAAGAUAUCGAAAGCCAAAACAACAACCUUUUUGUCUGCACUGUUUAAUAGAGGUCUACUAGUGCAGUGAAUUGAAUUAUUUAUAAGAGUAUAUUGAACGAGGGCCUUUGAAAUUGUCGUUACAUUGAACGCAAAGAGUAGCAACAAUUGAUAAAUCGAGCAGUUCGAUAAAAUAAACCAAUCGAAUAAUUUCCGUUUCAAAAUUAGAAAAUUGGUGCUGCUGACCUUAAAAAAUUGUUUGGGGCAGCUUAAAAGUAUUUUUUUCUUUAAAUAGUAAAAGAAAACAUAAAUAGCAAUGGCUAAGCUAUUCCUUAUAAUAAUUUGUGUGUGCACUGCUUGUGUACAGCAUUUGGCAUGGGCACAAAUGGCUAGAAAAGAAUCAGGACCACAACAUAAGUGGAUUGAACCAGAUUUGCCGCAAAACCAUAGACAUGACAUUGUAUCGAGGCAACAGGGUAGUGAAACAAUGCAGCAAUCAAUCUAUGUUGCUAGUAAUUUAGAAUAUGAUAAUCCACCCAAACGAUAUGGUAGCGAUGAGCUUCAAGGUGCUGUAGGAAAUAAGGUAAACCAUAUUGAAACUAAUAGUCGUGUGCAGCGAAAAAAACGACAUGCCGCCCAUACUCAUUCACAUGCUGAGAAUCUCGUCGAAAUGAAUCCAAAUACAGAUGCAUUUAUCCAAAAAUUAUUUAAAAAAUUCACAAACGGUGAUGGUGAUACAAUGAAUCUCAUACAAUUUGAAAAUAUGAUGAAAACACUGAAUUUGAGUGAUCUUAUGGACGAUACACAAUUGAGCCAGCACCAAUCACACCAUCACACAAAAGUUGAACACAGUGAUAGCCAUGAAAAUCAUGCGCAUUCCAAUGAAACGUGCAUAUCAAGCGUAUCUUUAGUCUCACACGUUCUUUCACCACAAAAUGCCGGCAACGAUGAAAGUAUAAAAAACUACGAAAACCAUAUGAAUAAAAUCAGAGGCCAAUCAGAAUCAUCAAACGAAUUGAAUAGUACAGACACAGUCGAUACAUCAAUCGAGACAAUUAAAACAAUUAAAGAAAAUAUAAAAUUAGGCAAAAAUGAUUUAUGGUCACUGUGUCCAAUUCUACUAUAUCAAUUGACCGCGAGCAAAUCAGAGCAUUCGAGCGGAUGUAUUACGAUGCCAUUGUUGUCAGGCGACAUGCACCAUGAUCAUGAUCAUCAUGACGAGCUGGAAGCCGAUCGAAAAAUGGUUUGGAUCUAUGCAUCGUUGUCGAUUAUUGUGGCUAGUUUAUGCGGUUUGAUUGGUGUUGCUGUGAUUCCCUGUAUGGAAAAGCGUUUUUAUCAUCAUAUUUUGCAGUUUUUCGUUGCAUUGGCCAUUGGAACAUUGGCUGGCGAUGCCCUGUUACAUUUAAUGCCACACGCAAUGAUGACAUUUGCAUCACAUGAAGACCAACACACAAGUAUGACAUAUAAAGGUCUCGUUGCGUCACUUGGUAUAAUAUUCUUUUUUGUAACGGAACGUAUUUUGGCAAUGGUCGCCGAAUGGCGUAAACGUAUUCAAAAGCGCGACGAUCCACCAGCCCGAGUACGUGUUAUGCGUGACCCCGAUUCAAUUUCAAUGAAUCAAUCGUUGAAUGGCGAAAAACAAUGCAAACAUAAAUAUUCAAGCUAUCCAUAUUGUUAUGAUGAAAUUGCACUUGACACCAAAGAUAACAUUCAUCAACAUCAUCAACAUGGCAGCAGUCAUCAUGGUAUGACCAAAGAGAAUGGAUUAAAAGCAUCGUCCACAUCACCACCAAAGGAAAAACUAUGCGCCAAAUCGUUGAACGAUCGAGCCAAUGAUUAUUCGGACACCGCACAGAGUCUAUUAAAUUCACGAAAUCACAAUAAUAUUAAUGUCGCCGAUGCAUACUAUCGUACGAAUGAUAAAGAUGACAUUCAAACACCCGACAACAAUACAAUUCUAACAAAUUUAGACGACGGAUCACUUGAUACAUGCGGAUGCGAACCGACCAAAAAAACCGAAAAUUAUACAAUUAUUUUGCGUGAACACGAAUCAAAACAUCAUGGACAUUCACAUACGCACGGCCAUGUACAUUCACCACCGAAAACACUAUCGGCCGUUGCUUGGAUGGUUGUUAUGGGUGAUGGUUUACAUAAUUUUACCGACGGCAUGGCAAUUGGUGCGGCAUUUUCAAACAGUAUACCAGGCGGUUUUUCGACAGCCAUUGCAGUCUUUUGCCAUGAAUUGCCUCAUGAGCUCGGUGAUUUUGCCGUUUUACUUAAAGCAGGAAUGUCGGCACGAAAGGCAGCCUAUUAUAAUAUUUUAUCGUCGGUGCUUAGUUUUUUCGGUAUGGUUGUAGGCGUCAUUAUCGGUGAUACACCAGAAGCGUCUUCAUGGAUAUUCGCAUGUGCAGCUGGAAUGUUUAUUUACAUUGCACUUGUUGACAUGAUGCCCGAAUUGACAACGGCUCAUAAUGAGCAUUCAGCAAUUGUUCAGUGCUUCCUUCAAGUUGCCGGAAUGUUUCUUGGUGUAUCAAUUAUGCUGCUAAUUGCUCUAUAUGAAGAUGAUCUCAGAACGAUAUUUGAUGAACACGAAAACCUGUCGCAUCAUCAUUAAAAAGUAAAAAAAAAAAUACACUGUCCACAAUCUAUGUACUAGAUUAUAGAACUAUACAAUUUAUAAUAAACAUCGGUAUUGUCAAUGUUAUAACAUGUUGGCGUAGUUGACGAGAACAGCAACA